GAUGAUGGAUGAUGGCUUCUGCAAUUUUGAUGGGUUUCACCGACGAUACUUGAUCUCUUCUGGAGAUACCAUGUCGCAGGAUCAUCUUGAAGAUUACGAAGCAGACCUGAAGACACUGUGUGCUGCUGAAGGCACAAACCCAGGGGCAUACGACGUUUUCACCGUCACUCGUGCGCGCCGUGUUCACCAAUCACUCCUGACUACCCCUUUCACGGCCUUUCUCAGCAUGGUCAGCAUCUUCCCGGCUCUCUUGACUCCGCCACCCAAGAUUGAUGGUGCCGAGCUCGCAUAUCCUACCUGUAUCUACUCCAACGGACCCGCGACUGGCUUCUUUGUCGGCCUGGCAGUGCAUCUUCUCAAGCUACUGGGCAGGGUACCUGAGAACUCAAUGCACUUCAUCUAUAUUGAGUCCUGGGCUCGUAUCAGCACCUUGAGCCUCACGGGCAAACUCUUUUACUACACUGGCAUCGCGGACGUUUUGGUGCAGCACCAAGAAGUUGCUGAUAAGUAUGGGCUUAGAAACUGUGGUGAGAUGGUCUUCAACGCUAGACGACCGGAUGUCUCAUCGACAGAUGAUAAAAUGAUGGGUUGAAAUCCCAAUCCAAGAAUCUCUUGGAAUAUGCGUUUCUGCUUUUGAUACAUAGACAAUAAAGGUUAC